GUGUGUCUGCUCAUUUUCCUUCAGGCUGACCCCAAAAUGCACUCUCCUCUGGUCAUCGUAAGCCUCAUACUACUUCUAACAGAUGCUGUAGUUGCUAAUGUACAAGUGAGAGGAGUGGCGGGUCAGGCUGUCACACUGCCCUGCAACUACUCGGUGGCUAACAGAGCAGUCACGUCCAUGUGCUGGGGCCGAGGGGCAUGUCGUGUAUUUAGAUGCUCAAAUGAAAUUAUCUGGACCGAUGGGUCCCGUGUCACCUUUCAGAAGCACAAUCGUUACAAGCUAAGAGGGGACCUUUUGAAAGGGAAUGUCUCUUUGACCAUAGAGAAUGCAACUGAGGCUGACAGUGGCUUGUAUUGUUGCCGUGUUGAGCACAGGGGGUGGUUCAAUGACAUGAAAGUCACCCUAUCAUUGGAGAUUAAACCAGCCAUAGCCACGAGUGUUCCAACGUCACCAAGCGUCUCUACCUCUGCUCCUCCAAUACCGUCACCCACACAGACCCACAAGCCAGUACCUACAUCACAUUCUCCAGCUCAGCCAUCGGAAACCCAGCCUACAACACCGCAGGAAACAAGGACACAGGCCACCAGUUCACUAUUUUACUCUUACACAACAGAUGGGAAUGGCACCAUGACACAGUCUUCAGAUGGCCUUUGGCUUGACAAUCAAACUCAAGUGUCCCCAACAGAAAAUAUGUGGAUGAGCACCGCCACUAAUGAGGGACUCUAUGUUGGAAUCUCCCUUUCUGCCUUGAUGCUGCUUGCUGUUUUGGUUGUUAUCAUCACUAAAAGGUGUUCCUACAUCAAACAGAAGAUGCCACAACUAAUUAUGGUUUCGCUGAAUGACUCUAAAAUUGAAGCUUUGCAACAUGCAGCUGAAAGGCGAUGCCCAGCGGAAGACAAUAUCUACAUUAUUAACGAUAAUCUUUAUGUCACGGAUUAAGACCCAGUGGUGCUCUUUGAGGUUUUAUGCCCAUGACUGCAGAAGACUGUGACCAGAUAUCACCAU